AUCACGUGCUUUUCCCCUUCUUGCAGUUGCAUUUCAUUUCAUUUGUUAAUUGUAAAUUUGUCCAUUAUUCAGUGUUUAUUUGUGAAGAAUGAAAUUACUAAUUGCCUUCGGGCUGCUCUGCCUCUGCCCCAUUCGCAUUGGAUGGUGCCAGUCGACGGACAAAAAGGCGGAGAUUGCCAAACUGCGCAGCGAACUGAGCGUCGCCUUGGAGGCGAGCGAUGGGGGACCGCCAGGAGUCAUCACACAGCCGGUGUGGACUAAGCAGGCACAAGGCGCCCCCAUCCCAGCCACGGCCGGCAAAGUGAUUGUCAAUCAGGCGGCCCUGCGGAGCGCUGCUGCCGUUCGAGACGAGAUCAAGAAGGCGGUGGCCCAGCAGGGCCAUACCCAGGAAGUGCUGGAGCUGGAUGCGGCUGUCCAGGCGGCGAGCAAGGCCCAGGCGGGCUCCACCUUGGGCGGUGCUCGCCAGGAGAUGCUGGGCACGAGCCAGGACUCCGAGGACGGGCAGCAGCCCAAUGUGGUGGAAUCGAGUGUGAACACGCCCGGCAUUGACUUGGAGCAGUUGCAGCGCCUCGAGCUGUCGAAGCGUCGGACCCGCGACCUGCUUGUGCUCAGCGGCAUCGAGGAGGACUCACACUUCGCCCUCGGCUCGGAUGUGGACCAGUGGGUGUCCGUGCAGGCCAAUGGCAGCGCCUAUCUUGUGGGCUUGCAGCCCGAGGGCUUCCUGGUGCUCAACGGUGACUUUUCGCCGCUGCAGACGGUGCCGCUGUUGGCUCCCAUUGACGCAAUGCUCAGUCUCGAGCGUUGGAGCGGCCGCACCCACUUGCAGGAGGGUCUGCUGGUGGUGGCCACGCAGCAGCAGCUUCUUUGGCACCGCCUUGAGCCGGGAAGGGGCCUGGUGCCCUUCUGGCACUGGCCCCUGGGCAGCCAGGCCUCUAGGCUAUCGAUCUUCAGCCUGGAGGGCCGCGACUUCAUUGUGCUGGCCGGAAAUCGCACCCUCAGCGUCUACUCGUACGAUUUGGAGGCGGAGGAGUUUUGGAUCGCACAGCGCCUGCAGUUGCCGGAGGCGAUAACAGCCGUGGCCGUGCUGGACACUGGCCGGGAGCUGCUGCUAGCCGUGGGCCAGACGGACCAGGCCCUCAUCUAUGCCUACAAUCCGCGCGAGCGUCCGCUUGGGGAUGCGGGGCUGCAAUUGCAGCUGCAUCAGCGUUUGCCAGCGCCCCAGGUGGCGUCCAUUGCCGCCUUCCAGAUGGGUGGACGCAGCUACCUGGCCUUGGGCGGACAGCGACCCCAGAUUCUGGCCCAUGUGCAGGGUCAGCUCGUGCCCCGCACCAUUCUGGGUCAGAAUUUUGGCUUUGUGGAGCACUUUCUGCCGGUGGCGGUGCGCAGCUAUCGGGAUGAUCUCUUGCUGCUCGUACAGCAUCGCGUCACCUUUGACACUCACACGCUGCUCGUCCUGGAGGUACUCAUUUGGACUGGGGAGGCCUUCGAGGCGGGCCUGCCGCCGCCGUGCGGCAUUGGCAGCCCACCGAACCACAUUACGCACGGUGCCGGCUGCAUGCUCGACCAGGAGCGCGAGGCGGGCCUGAUUGGUGCAGCGCUAAUCCGGCAGCAGGAUCAGCCACCGCUGCUGCUGGUGCCACGUCGUCAGGCACCGUCGGGUCUCUUUCGGCUGCAAACGCAGCUGCUGCCACGGAAUUCGGAGACAAAGGAUCUGCAGGAGAUACACCAGUUCAUGCGCGAGUGGGUGGAGGAGCAGGAGGCAAUCAUACGCCUAGUCGAAGCGCAUCUGCGCACGCCCCUGCCCUCGGAGGAGCAGUUUGAGGAGAUUCACACGCCGCAGGUGAUCAACGAGGGCGGCGACAUCCGGGAACUGUACGUUAACGAUGCCCGCUGGACGGCCGAGGAUGCGGCCAUCGAUCUGAGGCAACUAUUGCAACAAAUACGACUGCUCGAGCGGGAAUUGCAGGCAGCAGCUCCGAGGCGGCCCAAACGUCAGCCCGAGACGCUCUACAACUUUCACUACGAUCGCCUGGAGGUGGACAGCGUCGAGGCGGAUGUGCUCGUUCUCGACCAGCUGAAUCACGUGCCAUUCUACGUGCAGAACAAGUCGCUGCUCUUGCCCGCUGGAUCGCUCAAUGUGCAGCGCUUGGAGCUGCUGCAAUUGCCCACCGAGCAGCUGCACUCCGAGGGAACCGAGUCGCAUCAGCGCCUGCAGCUGGACGGCAAUCUGGCGUGCGAGACCAUCAACGGCUUGGCCUGGAGCCAACUGCUGCAGGAUCUGGUGUGGCGUCAUCGGCCACUGCAGCUCUCCCAGCUGCAUGUACAGGGCGCUGUCGUAUUCGAAGAUGCGCUGCAUCUGAGCUCGCUGAAUGAGCUGCGUUUCCCCGAGGAUUACCUGUGGUCACAGGGCAAUGGCACCACCAUUGUCCAGGCGCCCAAGGAGUUCACACAGACCCUAACCGCCAAUGUCGUGGACACGACAGGAACGAUCAAUGAGGUGCGACCGGAAGAUGCCAUCAGCCUCAGCGAUGCCCAGGAUUGGCCUGGUCUUGUGACCUUCGCCCAGCUGGAGGUAUCCGAGGAACUGGAGCUCAAUGGGAGUGCCCAGGGCAGGCAGUUCGAGGAGGCGCCGCUGAAUCCCACUCUGCUGGAGACGCGUCACAUCCGUGCCGCCGACUGCCAUUUCGUGCAGCUUUUCGUCCAGGGAGCGCUCCACUUGCGUGGCCAGCUGGACAACAGCAGCUACGACUCGCUGCUGGGCGAUCUCGUGCAGCGAUCGCCAGAUGCCAGCCAGGAGCUGCUGGUUGCGGGCGCCAAGCGUGUCCUUGGGCAGCUCCAGUUGCCAGUGGACGCCCAUGUGGCGGAUGGCAAGCUGAGCGGCAUACCCUUGGAGCACUUUGUGACGAAACACACCUCGCAGCUGCUCCGCAAUCUGACGCAGCUGCCUGGCUAUGUGUACUUCCAUCGGCUGCAGCUGGCGGCAGGCGGCACCUACGAUGGCGUCCAUUUGGAGCAACUUCUGGCCGAAUCCCUGCGCCUGGAUGGCCCCUCCCUCCGUGCGCCCGGCACUCGCUUACGUUUCGUGGGUCCCCCACCCGAUUUGGCCGCUGGACUGCGGCUGGAGCACAGCCUCAAUCAGGUGCCGCUGGCCAGUGGCUAUCAGACGCUACGCGAGCCCCUCCACCUGCGACGCGCCAGCUUCCAGCGCGUGGAGGCCGCACAGGCGCAAGUUUCGGGCGAUGUGAUUGCCUCGGCAGCGGGUUUGGGGCUGCUCAAUGGCCGGCCACUGGGCGACAUGCUGCAGGAGGAGCCACAUAGCUGGUCGGGCGAGGUGAACGUACAGGAACUGAUCCUGCCGCAUGGUGUCCAGGCGCAGCAGCUGCAGGGCAUACGCGCGGAUCUGCUGCUCGACUUUCUGCAGCAGUUGGACGAGCUGCCGCUGCUCAUACUGCAGGGACAGCUGCAGGUGGAACGGAUAGACGUCAGCGGAUCGGUGCAGGUCGAGGGUCCGCUCAACGGUCGAAGCCUGGACCAGCUGCAGCGGGAGGUGAUCUGGCUGGAUCGCAGCAACGAGAUGCGAACGCGCUGGCGCCUCCAGCAGCCGCCAGUGUUCGCCAGCGACCUGCACAUCCGCGGCAGCUUCAACGAGCGACUGCUGCCCGAGCUGCUCGACGACAUUGUCUUCCGCUCGGAUGUGGCCGGGGAUGUGGUGGUCAUUGAGGGCACCAAGAGCUUCGCUGCGCCGCUAAGCGUGGCCGGCGAACUGCAUCUGGAGGCGCUAAACGGUGUGCCCUUCGAGCGGCUGGCCAACAGGCGUCAGCCCCUGAAUCUCACUGGCAAUGUGCGUCUGCAGGGUCGCCUCCAUGCGGCUGAAGUGCAGCUGCAGGGCUCGCUGAACAACGAUCCGCUGGCCAUGACUCGGCUGGCGCAGCUCCUGCACUGGGAUCCCGCGUGGCAGAGCUUUGUGCAGUGUGGUCGUGUGGUGCCGCUGCCUGGCGGUGCAUCGAUGCAGCUGGAAGAUCUCACGGUGCUCGGUCACUUGGGAAAUCUCAGCGAGGAGCCGCUGCAGCAGCUCUUCGAGCAAUUGAUAUUCAAGCAGCAUGCCCACAUCCGUGUCGGGGGUCACAAGGUAUUCACGGGACGCGUGAGCAUCCCAGAGGGCGCUCACAUUCAACAGCUAAACGGCCUCGAUCUGGAGCAGCUGCUCAGCCAGCUGAUCUUCAUCGAUGGACAGCAGCACGAGGCUGUUACUGUGCAGACACCCGUGCACUUUGCGGCGCCCGUGCAGGCGGAUCAACUGCUGGCCGAGCGUCUGCUGCUGACGGGGCAACUCCUGAAUGGCUGCAAUGUCAGCGAAUGGCUGCUGGACACUGUGCGCGUGGAUCGCGACUGGCCGGCGCCACAAGUUCCCCUCACCUUUGCCGCGGGCUCACUGGACUACAAUGGCUUGGAGGUGGAGCAGCUGAACAGCGUGAAUCUGUCACGUCUGGUUACCCUGCACACGGAACAGCAGCUGCUGGAGCCGCUGCUGGCAGUGGAACUGCUGCUGGAUGGCGUCAUGACGGUGCAGGGGCUGGUCAAUGGCCGCAAUCUCAGCCAGGAGUAUGCCAAUACCCUGAUGAUCAAUUCGUUGGAGCAGUCGCAGACAGUGGAGACGCCCCUGCUGCUGGCGGGCAUCCAUGUGCGGGGACCGGUGCAGGUGAAUGCGCCCCUCAAUGGCGAUGCCAGCCUCAAUCUGAGCGAUGUGGCCAGUCUGGCGGAGCCACAGCUGCGGCUGCAGUCGCCGCUGUACUUCAGCAGCCUGCAUGCGCCCGAGCUGAGGGCCAGGCAGCGGCUCAAUGCCUUCGAUUUCGUAGACUGGCACGAGCGGAGUCUGUGGGCGCGCGGCAGGGCUGAGCAGACCAUUACGGGCAACUGGCGGGUGAAGCAGCUCAGGGUCAAGCAGGGCGACAUUAGAAACCGCCGCCAGACAAUGGCACAAAUGGAGGAGCAGUACCGCCAGCUAUGCCAGCGACUCUCUCAGAUGUUCGGCUCCCUCCGUCUACCCUACCAGGUGCAGAAGCUGAGGCGCAGCUUCACGCUGCGGCAGCCCAAGCGGAACGAGGAUGUGAGGCGCAUCUUUGGCCUGGAGGCUGGCCGCAAAGCUGGCAUUUAUCUGCUGAUAAACGAGAGGGGCUGCUGGACGCGCAUUCAUCGCUGGAAUGGCACGCGUUUUGCCCAUGCCGGCGCCUUUCAGAGCGGACCCGUCGACGAGGUGAUUGGCCUUCAGCUGCGCAACAACAGUGGACGCGACUUUGCCUUUAUGACCAGCCACGAGAUGGAUGAGGGAGAGCACGAGUCCGCCUGGAAUUGCACGGCAGCCGCCAGCCUACUGCAGAGCUGGCAAACGGAUGAGGAGCAGGAGGAGACGGAGCCGCUGGCGAUACCAGUGGAGACGCUUCAGGGUCUGAAGGAGCAGCAAGAGGAGCUGCAGAAGCGUCCGUUGCCCAGCUAUCAGGAGGCCAUCAAGUACCUGCAGCGUCCGGCCGUCGAGUCCGAGCUGGGACCACAUUGGGGUCGCCGCAAGCAGAUCGGGCCGGAGGAGCUGCACGCGCUAAGGCGACGCCUGCUGGAGACGCUCAGCUUUCGGCUGCAGACCGAGGUGAAUAUCACGCAGCUGAGCAUACCCGAGAGCGAUCUGUACGACGACCAGCUGGUCGAGGAUUUUCUGCAGUUGAUGCAGCAGCUGAAGGGCUUCCGAGCGCGCCUCCGCACGGACACGCUGCCCCUGCCCGACAGUCCGGCCCGGGUGCUGGCCGCACGCAGUGCCCAGCUCAUUUGGCCCGUGCUGCAAGAGCUGCGAGAGAUUUCCGGUGCUGGCGGAUCGGGCGCCGACAAGGAGGAGCUGGCCCUGGAGGAGACCCUACUGGAUGUCCUCGAGGUGGCCAACAACGGGACAAGCAGCAGCAGCAGCAGCCUCGGAUCUGAUCAGACGUUGCAGCUGCAUGCGGUAAUUGGCAGACUGCGCCAACUGCAGGAGCAGCUGCAGCGCACUCAUGGCGAAUCGAUGGCCUCUGCCGCCAGUCGUGCGUCCGAGCAGACGCUGCCCCAUCCGACGCUGCAAUGGCGGCCAGUGCAGACCCUGCGCCUCCUUGUGGGCCCCAAGAAUCGUUCGCGGCUGCUCUAUGCACGCCUCGCCCUCUUGGACACGCCCGAGGGUCGAGGGUCGCCAACAACACCAUCGACGGCGCCGCCCGCCCACAUCCAGCUGCACCAUGCCAACGGCUCGCUGUUCCAGUCGCUGGCCGCCGACCGUCAGGCCAGGCAGCUGACCGCCCUGCGGGUGCGGGACGAGACGCUGCUGGCCUUUGUCGAGGGCUGCUGCCAGAUACGCGUCUUCGUCUACCGCGGAGUCCAGGGCUUUGUGCCCUUCACCCACUUCCGCGCCCACAAAGCGACGGAGGAGUCGCCAGUGGUGCAGCUGCUCGCCCUCCGCCUGCCGCUUCAGCGCCCACCCGGAGCAGUCUAUGCUCUGGCCGUGGCGCAGGCCCGGCGCAUAACCUUCUACGAGCUGGUCAUCGCCGGCCAACUGGAGCCAUGGCUCAAGUGCAAUUAACUGGCACGCAUUUAUGUUACUCGCAUCUAGAUGAUGAUGGAGCAGGAGGAGGAACUCCUUCGUUGUCAGCUCUAAGGUCUGAUUGGAUCUUUCAGUAGUUGUUGUGAAUUGUAAGCAAAGUUAUAAGAGCUAUAGGCAAUAUAUAUUAUAUUGUAAAUUGUAUUCUUGUAAAAUUAAGAUCAAUCUUAAUUUAAUAUUUACACGUUUGUUACUCCCUGUACCAUAAAUCAUUUCUCCUGAGAAUUAGUUGCUGGCUUU